AUAAAUACUGAAGCGAGCUUUCAUAGUUUAGAGGAAUAUAUGACUGAAGUUGAGAGCCAUUUCCAAUUCAUAGAUGCCAAACGUCAAAUGAUGUCUAGAACUGAAGAGUGGAGAAAUGACAUCAAAUCGCCGUUUCGUCAUAAUGUAUAUCACCAAUUAAAACCAAUACAACGACGUGUGUAUAUAGCUACAGACGACCCUAGUGUAUUUAAUGAAACUAAAUUAAAGUAUCCCAACUAUAUAUUUUAUGGUAAUCGCGGACGUGCUAAUUCAGCUUCUGUCUUCAGACGAAAAAAUGAAGAUUCUAUUAUGGGUGUGGUAACUGACGUGUUCGCUUUAUCAAGAACGAAUUAUUUAGUUUGCACUUUUUCUUCACAGGUUUGUCGAUUAGCUUACGAAUUGAUGCAGUCUAAUCAUUUAGAAUUAGGUGAUGCAAGUCAACAAUUUCGUUCAUUGGAUGAUAUAUAUUACUUCGGUGGACAACAAGCCUCACCAUAUGAAGUAUUAAUAUCAAGCACAGAACAUGGUUUAUCUCCUGGUGAUUUAGUCCACUUCCAUGGUAAUCAUUGGAAUGGUUACGCAAAGGUUGAAAAAUUGAAUACUAAUCGUAAAGUAAUGGCACCAGCAUUUAAAUUCUCCCCAAGAUUAAUAACUGCUCCUAUGAUCGGUGCACAUGGAAAUCGGUCUGAAUUUAUUAUUGAUUAUAAAUAAUUGUAUUUUUCUAAAUAGGAAGAUUAUUUUGUUCAUGUUUUUCUUCUUUCCUUUGUACCACUAACUUACUGAUUUAUGGUUUUAUAUUUGAAAGACAUCGAACCUCAUUUUUUUAUUGUAGCGUCGAUGCUCUCAGCUAAAGACUUUAUAGAUCAAGUUGAAGUUGAUCUACAUAUAUAUGGCAAGUAUUGUGGAGCGUAUGCUUUUCUGACUUCAUUGUAUACACGCAAAUGUUUAUACACAUAUCCUGUGGUCUUGAUGUGAUAUAUAUAUUGACUGCACAAUUGUAUGAUUGGUGUUUGUUUGUUGUUUUUUUGUGUAUCGUGUAUUCCAUGUGUUGUUGUGUAGUGUAGUGUAGUGUGUAAUUUGUAAAAUACAACAUAUCAGAUGAA